AUGGCUUCUCGUCGCGGCACGACAAACGGUUCAGCGCCCGGUGCGGCCAGCGUCACUCUUCCCACGGAAUCACCUUUAUCCUCUUCAGACUCUACACCUCCACAAGAGACGAACGAAGCACAUGAAGCUCGGAGAUAUUUGAAAACACUCUUGACCGGCCAGGAUCUUGAUCUCUCAGAAAAGCCCCGGCGGUUUGUCAUACCUACGUUCGCCUUUUACGAGCUGCUCAAUGAGCCUGGGUUUGAUUCGGUUUUGGAACGGCUCAAACGAAAAAUCUCAUAUGACGCCCGCAAGUCAAUCCUCACUAUCUUCCCAAUGUCUGGUCAAAGACACGGUUACAUUCUCGACUGGCUCCACAAAGUCGCAGUCUCCGCCAGCCUUACAUUAGAUCCGUGGAUAUGCCGACGCGUCUUUUUCAUCAAUAAUACCAAGUUCUAUCAAUUCGAAGGGGAAUGGGACGGGUCACUGAAAUUUCCAGACUUUACUGUUGCUUGGAGAAAUGAUGUUGAUGGCCCUGACCUCCAUACCGUUGUCGAAGUUGGUUGUUCUCAAUCCAGAGACAGUCUACUCGAAGUCCGAGACGCCUACUUGAGAGGAAUGCCUUCCCUCUCUAGGUUUAUCUCUAUCAACGUUAUCGAGACCCCCGAGUACGUGAGCCCAAAGAAUAUCGACAUCGACGAAUUAAGGGAGGUUAAGAUCAAAGCCAUCCAAUCAGAUUCGGACAAGGGGUCAGCUUGGUAUAAGGGCAUCCAAUGGGUAGGCGAAACUACCAUUUCCUGGGAGGUUUGGGAACGAGAUCCGACGAGUGGCGAGCCGGUGCAGGUGUUUGAAGCAACCGUCGACCCUAAUGACAGCGAAGGCCGGCUUCCGUUCUUCGAAAUACCCAGAAUAAUGGCUCUUGGUGUCGAGGCUGUUACAGUUAAGCCGGCAGACAUCCACGACUUUUGGCAAAUGGCGAUCAAAGAAGAGGCGAAGCUACGGAUAUGGGAAUAUGUGGCGGAUGUGGAAAAACGUCGAAAGAGUGCAGCAGAUAUUGCAGAGCAGAAGGACGAAGCCACUAAGACAAGACAAAAGCGCAAUGAGGAACGCACAGAGCGAUGGGAACGUCGGUCGGAACGUUGA